AUGGACCUCUGGCUUUGGUCACUUUACUUCCUGCCAGUAGCUGGAGCCCUGAGGGUCCUUCCAGAAGUAAAGGUGGAGGGAAUGCUGGGAGGAUCUGUUGUCAUCGAGUGCCCGCUUCCUGAAAUGCAUGUGAGGCUAUAUCUGUGCCGGACAAUUGUUGCGUCUGGAGGAUGCGCCACCGUGGUGUCCAACAGGAACUUCGUCAAGAAGGAAUUCAAGCAUCGAGUCACCCUGGCGCUGUUUCCAGAGAGGAAUCUGUUCCUGGUGGAGAUGACAGAGCUGGUCGAGAGUGACAGCGGGGUCUAUGCCUGUGGGGCGGGCAUGGACACAGACCGGGGCAAGACCCAGCAGGUCACCCUGUCUGUUCACAGUGAUUACGGGCCUUUCUGGGAAGAAGAGCCAGUGCCUGAGCCUCCAGCAUGGUUUAAUAGAUUUCUCCAAAUGCAUAUGCCUCCUUGGUUCCAGAUGCCUGAACAUGCCAGUUCUUUGGAAUUCAUAUCCAAAGUAACCACAGCAGCUCAAAGGACCGAGGCCCCUCCAGCACACCAUGCCUCCCCCACCACCUCAAUCGCCCACCGCCCUCGAGUUUACAGGGCAUCUUCAGUAGCAACUGCCCAGCCCACCACCCUCCUGCCACCUGCCACAGCCUCCAAAACCUCAGCACGGGAGGAACUGCUCAGGCUCCAGACGGCCAGCUACAACCACCAAAGCAGGCUUCACAGGCAGAGAGCACUCAACCACGGCCCAGGCCCGGUGUCUGGGAUGGAAGAUCAAGGCUUCUACAUCCUGACCCCCACCAUCCUGGGUCUCAUCCUGCUGGCACUUCUGGGGCUGGUGGCGAAGAGGGUCAUUCAAAGGAGGAAAGCUCUCUCCAGACGGGUCCGCCGAAUGGCCGUGAGGAUGCGCGCCCUGGAGGCUUCACAGCGGCCCCUGUCACAGCGGCCACGCGUGUCGCAGCGGCCACGCACCCAAAACAACGUCUACAGCGCCUGCCCUCGGCGCCCUCGGGAGGUGGACGCUGCUGGUGAAGGGGCGGCACCUCUCCCAGGCCCCGGAGCAUCGGCGCCCCCAGCCCCGCCGCAGGUGUCGGAAACUCCCUGGCUCCAUGCCCCAUCUGUGAAGAUCAGCUGUGAAUAUGUGAGCUUCUACCACCAGCCUGCUGCCAAGAUGGAGGACACGGAUUCCGAUGACUACGUCAAUAUUCCCUGCCUGACUCAGCUCUCCAGCUGUCCCCCUGGGCCCAGACCUUGGUGCCAAUGAGUCUUGUCUGUCUGCUGGUUUCCAACA